AUGUCGAAACGCAAACUCGCUGACCUCCACGACUUCGACCCCAGAGACCGCACCAUCGGCCGAUUAAACGCACAAUUCGACAAUGGCGUCGCCGCCUUAUCGCAGGCCCUGAAGACCGCCCGUGUCUUCGAGAGACAGAAGCUCGGUCGCAGAGAGAAGACCGCGCGCAGCGAGAAUAAGCGGGAUGUACUGGCGCGGCUGGAGGAGGAGAUUAAAGUGAUCAAGACUCUGGACUUCCCAGCCACCGCGCAGAAGUACCUGUUCAAGCAACUGCUCAAGACGAAACGCAUUGCCGAGGCGCCGGCAUUUGUCAAGUUCAAGGAGCGCAAGAAUAUCUCGACCGAGGGCCCGCGCAGCACGGCCGAAGCGAACGUCACCGCGCGACUGUACAAAUCAAACCCGGUGAAGAAUGUGUUUCCGGCGAUCAUGGAUGGGAUCAGGAAGAUCUUUGGGCUGGAGGAUACGCGGGCAGCGUUAAAGGACGCCAAGGACGCAAAGAAGGAUGCCGCCCAAGGGACGAGCGAGAACAAAGAAGCAGUGCCAGAGGUAGACGCACAAUCCGGCUCAGACUCCGACGCACAGCGCCACAGCAGAGCCACCGCAAAACUAAGCGCCGGCGCCGACGGUGAAGACGCAAGCGACGUUGAAAUGGACUACGACAGCGAAGAGUUCGCCGGAUUCGAUGACCGACUGGCCCCCGGCUCCGGCAGCGAGAGCGAGAGCGAGAGCGACGCCGAAGUCGAAGCCGACAGCGACGAUGACGAUGAUGCCCAAGACAACCCCCACGCACGGCCCUCCUACUCCGACAUCUCGAUCUCCCGCUCCCCAUCUCCCGAACAGGCCUCCCCUCCCUCCAAAAAGGCCAAGAAGGGUGCUGCCGCCGCCGCCGCUGCACCCACCAGCACGACCUUCCUCCCCUCGCUCACGAUGGGCGGGUACUUCUCCGGCUCCGAGUCCGAACCCGAGGAGAACGAGAGUGCGGAGCCGCCCCGGCGCAAAAACAGAAUGGGCCAGCAGGCGCGGCGCGCGCUGUGGGAGAAGAAGUACGGCAGCGGCGCGAACCAUCUCAAGAAGCAGAACGAGAAGGACAGGAGGAAUAGGGACAGCGGCUGGGACGUGCGCCGGGGCGCGACGGAUGGUUCAGAGCGACCGAGGGGAGCGCGUCUGGCUGGACGAGGGACGGAUUCGUUUCGACCGAGGGACAAGUUCUCCGGGGACCGGCCGCAGCGUGGCCCGGCUGGUGCACCUAAGAAGAACGCCAACGAUGAUAAGCCGAUGCAUCCUUCCUGGGAGGCGGCCAGGAAGGCCAAGGAGCAGAAGUCGAUGGCUUCAUUCCAGGGAAAGAAGGUGGUCUUCGAUUAA